CUCAUUAGGGAGUUUUACUUGUCAUGUUAUCGUGACUGUGGGUCAUUUUCUUUACGUUUUACAGAUUUUUUUGCAAAUUGGUGCCCUCUACUUGCGAGCACGUUUAACGUCAUCUGACCCGGAAGUGAAAUCCAUCACUCGGAGCCACACGUGUUAAAGGGUCCACCAUGGGAAAGUCCAAACAAACAGGAAAUCACAAAAGUGACAAGAAAAAACACAUUGCAAAAACAUGGAAGACAAAGCGCAGGACCAAAGACUUGGACCAGAUUCACACAGACAUGAAGCCUGAGACAGCGAAGCAGCUGCUGCAUCAGGAGGUGGACUACGAUGUGACAGGAUGUGCCCAACACUACUGCUUACACUGCGCAAGAUAUUUUGUUGACAUGAGAUCCUUGAAAGAGCAUUUCAAAACUAAAGUCCAUAAAAGACGGUUGAAGCAGCUUAGAGAGGAGCCAUAUACCCAGGCAGAGGCGGAGAGAGCUGCAGGCAUGGGCUCCUACAUCCCUCCAAAAGUAGUUGAAGUGAAGACACAGUCUGUGGAAGAGGACAUGGACUGACAGCUGGACACUUUAACCUAAUGGACUGUUAAACUCGAUAACAGAAGCAUUCACCAAACAGUUAAUGCAUCUAUUGUUCUGUGCUGAGAAAAAUGUUGAAUGCAUCUGUCGGACUUCUGUCUUUCACCAGAAACAGGGGAAACCUUACCUUAUGGUGGUAUUGUAAUGCAACAUGGUUCCGUGUAGAUACUGAGAAUGUGUGGAACUGUGUGGAAUAUUAAUAAAUAAAAAGAUGCUGUGGAUUUGA